UCUAUCGCUCUCAUUGAAAGUCUCCCGGAAGAUCGUAAUAUUAUCAAUCUGCCUCUGCAGCUCCCUAAGCCCAAACUAGUAUCGUUAUCAUGCCGGUUUGUAAAAGAAAAGGAUGUGGCCAGGAUUUCAAGGAGGACGCAAACUCCGAUACGUCCUGCACGCACCACCCCGGUGGGCCAGUGUUCCACGAGGGUUUGAAGAGCUGGUCCUGCUGUUCCAAAAAGGUUGCAGACUUUGAGGACUUCCUCAAGAUCCCAGGAUGUUCAGUAGGCCGCCACACCUCUCUCGCUCCCGAGGAGCCGAGUCCGACCGCUCCGGUAGAAAAGGCUGCGAAACCGACGACAGUAGGCAAAACAGGAGUCGAGACCUAUACCAACGGAACCAACGGAACCGCCCUGCCGAACCCGGCUGCAGAGACGUUCCAAGCGAAAGCAAAGACGCCGGCGGACGCGGCACCGGCAGUGAAGGAGGAAGACUUGCAUGACUCGCCCGAUGCGAAAGUGGCGGAGGGGACGAAAUGCAAGCGGAACGCGUGUGGGAAGACUUGGGCUGGGGAGGGAUCUAGGACGGAGGAGUGUGUGUUUCACUCGGGUCAGCCUAUAUUCCAUGAGGGUAGCAAGGGAUGGUCGUGCUGUAGUCGCAAAGUGCUGGAGUUCGACGAAUUCCUGAAGAUCAAGGGUUGCAAACGGGCCAAGCACCGAUUUACGGACGUGGACAAUAGUCAACCACAGGAGAUUCAGUGCCGUCAUGACUGGUACCAAACUCCGUCUACAGUCAUCCUGUCCGUGUUCGCCAAGAAGGUCGAUAAGGAAGCUACCAGCAUCACUUUUACGAGCAGCGAGCUGAGGAUGAAUAUCAAGUUCCAAGAUGGCAAAACGUCAACGUUUAACACGGCGUUGUCACAACCAAUCGAUCCAGCAGGGAGCAAGUACGAGGUUCUGUCGACAAAGAUCGAGGUAGUCCUGAAGAAAGUGAACGCUCUCAGCUGGGCUACCUUGGAGCCGAACGAGAAGGUGGUCUCGUGGACAACGUUUGGCACAUUUGGAAGAGGGACGAUCGGAGGGAAGACGCCAGACAUCGCAGGAGACAUUGACAUUGCGCUGCUGCCCAAGUGACUUGGGUCUGUACCAAUUGCACACACAUAUUGAAAUUAUCUAAGGCGUACAAUGAUCCCGGUAGCAUGAGCAUGAGCCUAAUAUACAUAGCCAGAUACACAAAUGAAAUGCCCGUGAUUUGAAGAGACCAUCGCC